GAGUCACGACGAUUCGAGGUGGUCACGUCAAGUGACUCACCCUGUAGAUGCUCAUAAUGAAUGAGUUAGCGAGGUUUUCAGACGCAUGCGCUUUGAGAGAUGUCGCGAUCGCGCUUGUCGACGGGAUUCGACGAAAGAAGUUGCGUGGGAGAGCAUUCGGGCGUGGUUUUUCAACUGGUCGCGCUCCCGUUGGAAGGAGUAGGUACGACAAGGUAGAUUUGAGUAGAACGGCGGGACCUCUUCAAACGAGAGAAUCACCGCCCUGAACUGCGAAAAUUAUGUCGUUCAAAUCGCACCGACGUAAACCGAGGGGCAGCUCGCAGAAAAAUGGCACGCCAGCCACCGACAAACAAAUCUCGAUUGACGCCGACUAUCCACCGAAAAGUACCAACGAGGCACCUGAGACACCAUUAGAAAGAGCUCGGAGAUUUAAGGUAGAAGGAAAUCAUUACUUUAAGAUAGGAAAAUAUGAUGAGGCAAUUGUCCAAUACAAUAAUGCAAUUCAAACAUGUCCAAAUGAGAAUACCGAAGAUCUUGCUACAUUUUACCAGAACAGGGCAGCAGCGUAUGAUCAACUGGUAAAAAAAUACACUGCUGUAAAAGCAGAUUGUGUAAAGGCCUUGGAUUUGAAACCAAGAUGUACGUCAUAUACCAAGAUAUAUGUCACAGCUACCUGUAUUUUACAACAUUUUCCCAAUUAAAUGACAUUGGACAUGGCAAACAGGGUUUUAAAACAAUUAGGUAAACAACAUGCUAUGGAACAUAUGGCAAACAAAAAAUAUGUUAUGCCUAGCAAACGGAUAAUACAAAAUUAUAGGAACUAUUAUCAUAGUGAUCCUGUUUUUACAUUGCUCAAAAAUAGUGACAAUAAUGAUAUAUCACUGGGUUUUGCAAAGAUUUUGGAACAUAUGAAAAAUGAGCAAUAUGAUGAUAUAAUACCACUAUGUACUGAAGCACUCGAAAAUAGUGAAUCAGAUAUAUUACCACACAAAACAGAAGUGUUACUUUUAAGGGCCACAUUUUAUCUGUUGCUAUUACGAUUCGAAAGCGCCAGAGAAGAUUUUGUUGCUAUUAUAGAAGACGAGAACGUUCCAAAAAAUAUAAAAGUGAAUGCCUUAGUAAAACGAGCUACUUUGUACAUGCAUUUAGAAGAUCUAGACAAAUGUUUUGCAGAUUUUGAAUCAGCCAUAAAACUUGAUUCUGACUAUGGUGAUAUUUAUUUGCAUAAAGCACAGGCAAAUUUAAUUAUGGAAAAAAUAGUUGAAGCUAAAGAAGACUACGAGAAAGUUGUGGAGCUCAAUCCCGAUUUUCCAAUAGCGUUUGUGCAUAAAUGUAUUGUGGACUAUCACUACGGUAUACUUACGAGAGAUGGAGAAAUGUCAGAAAAAGCCUUAAAAACUUUCGAGAUUGCUAUUGAAAAAUUCCCAGAUUUUGCCGAUUAUUAUUUCUCAUACGCUAAGUUAUUGUCAGAAAUGCAAAACUAUCAAAAAGCAGAUUUAUAUUUAGAUAAAGCACUCGAGAAAGAUCCAGACAAUGCUUCAGCGUAUGUACGAAAAGGUUUGUUACAAUUAAAGUGGAAUGGAGAUGUUAGUAAGGCCAUUGAAUAUAUUAAACAAGCAUUGGAAUUAGAUAAUAAAUGUGAACUUGCGUAUGAGACUCUAGCAACGAUUGAAGCUCAAAGAGGAAAUCUGAAAACAGCGCUUAAAUUAAUCGAUGAAGUUGUGGAACUGGCUCGUACAACCAAGGAGCUCACAAACAUUUUCAAUCUACGAGAUUCCGUGAAAACGCAACUCGCGCUAAAAGAUAAACUAGGCUUAGAUCUAAUAAUGAAUACAUUGUUAAACGUUUCAUAAGCUUUCACAGUGUCGUUAGUAUUGAAUCUGAAAACUUUAAAUAAGUGAAAAUAUACAUGGUGACCAGACCUAAAGAUUAAAGCUUUACCAUGUAUGAUAAGAGCCACAAAUGUAAUUUUAUGAAAAAUUGGAAAGACAUGUUGUAAUGUUAUAGAAAUUGUUCUCACAGUUACAGACGUACGAGUAUGUAUUUAUCGCUUAAUUGAUACAUCAUAUUACCUCUUCUGGAGGAGGCAAUUGUGGCACACAUUACCGACUGAUUAUUGCCGUUAAUCAAGCAUUUCAACAAUUUCCGUAGGUAAAUUCGUUUCAAUCCAAUUCCAAAAUAUUCCAUUUUACGUAAUCUUUUUUGUUAUUGCUCGCAAAUAUCACAAUUGUAAAAUUUCUGUGUACAUUAUCCGUUAUUUGUCUGUGUUGUGAACUCUCGUGUUAAAUAUAUUUAAAUAAUAUAAGGAUGCUUAGAAUUCCUUGCAAUAUUUAGGAACGUAUGCACAUUAUGUAAGUUUUAUGCUUAUAUAACGCUAAUGCCAACAGAAAGAGUUUUUAAAACAACUUCAGUAAUUUACUUAUAAUUUGUAAUAGUUUAUUGAUAAUUGUAACUGUGAGUCUGAUAUUGUAUUUUAUAAAACUAUGUAAAGUUCAUGCAA